CUCAGGCUUUCCUCCUUUAGCUCGAAAUGCAGAGGCCAAAGUUUCUCCGCCAUCCCCAAUCCUCUUUCGGGGCCUGUUUGGAUGCACCUCUGGCUUCGCUUCCGCCAUGACGCCGACAUGGACACACUGCGCGCGCCUCGUCGGUGCUACCCUUCUGGCGAUGUGCACCGGCAUCGCGCCCGCUAACGCGUUCGCACCCCUGGAACGGCGUGGUAGCGACAGUUCGUGGAGCCCCGCAAAGCAGACGGGCCUGCCCGAGCGCGACCACCCAAAUCGGGUCGGAUGGAGCCCCAGGCCCACGGAUGCGCCGCCAUCGCAGCACAACUACGGCGCUAUGGACUUACUGAAGCGCGACACCUUCUCAAUCGGCUCCGACACAUGCGGCUUCCUCGCCGGCUAUUCGUCUGCGGCUGUGACGUGUGUCAAGCUUGGGGCAUACUGCACCGACGAUGGCGCCGGUAACAUUGACUGCUGCACUGGCGCCUAUUCGGUCUGCAAGUCCAGCAUGCUGUCGGCCUGUCUGGACUUCUCGGCCUCGUUGCAGGGAGCCUGCGGCACUGGCCUGGGACCGAGGACUCUCUGCUGACACCGCCAGACUUUCUGGUGACCCACUCUGCUUCGUCCUCGUCCUCGUCCUCGUCCUCGUCUACCUCGACCUCCUCAAGCUCUUUGACGACAUCCAGCUCCACGUCGACGUCGCCUGUAACAACAAGCGGCAGUGGGAAUGGUGGAAAUAGUGGGGG